UACGUGCAGAGCGCGCAGAGCGAGUGGCGCCCGCACGCCCUGCGCUGCUCCGCGGGCCGGGCCGGGCCGCCGGGGAGGCUGAGGCGGCGGCCAAGGCGGCCUGACUCGCGCGCCCGCGACGCAGGCCGCCCUCCCUCAGCCCGCGACGGCGAUGAGGCGCUGAGGUGGCUGCCCGCGCUGCGCGGCGGGACCAGAGGACGAGGAAGCGGCCGGGCCGAGGGGCGCCGGCCUCAAGAGGCGAGGGGCGGCGGGUGCAUGGCGCAGUGACGGCCCUUGCCGCUCCUCCCGCUACCCGGACCCAGGCGAGGCCGCCACCCCUCCUGCUCGGCCGCCGCCGCCGCCGCCAUGGCCAAUGACAGCGGCGGGCCGGGCGGGCCGAGCCCGAGCGAGCGAGACCGGCAAUACUGCGAGCUGUGCGGGAAGAUGGAGAACCUGCUGCGCUGUGGCCGCUGCCGCAGCUCCUUCUACUGCAGCAAGGAGCACCAGCGCCAGGACUGGAAGAAGCACAAGCUGGUGUGCCAGGGCGGCGAGGGCGCCCCCGCCCCUGGAGCGGGCCAGCAGCCGCAGCCCGGCCCCGCGCCGCUGCUCAGGAAGGCGGUGCCGCGCCGGGACAGAGUCGCUGCCGCGGAGGCCGCGGGCCCGCGGGCCGCGGGAGACGCGGCCAAGGCGAAGGCGAAGGCCAAGCCCGCUGCAGACCCCGCGGCGGCCGCGUCCCCGCCCCGCGCGGCGCCCGGCGGCGCGGGCCCGGCGGCGGCGGCGGCCGAGGCGGAGCCCGCGAAGGAGGAGCCGCCGGCUCGCUCAUCACUGUACCAGGAGAAGGCGAACCUGUACCCGCCGAGCAACACGCCGGGCGAGGGGCUGAGCCACGGCGGCGGCCUGCGGCCCAACGGGCAGACGAAGCCGCUGCCAGCGCUGAAGCUGGCGCUGGAGUACAUCGUGCCGUGCAUGAACAAGCAUGGCAUCUGCGUGGUGGAUGACUUCCUGGGCAAGGAGACGGGGCAGCAGAUCGGCGACGAGGUGCGCGCCCUGCACGACACCGGCAAGUUCACGGACGGGCAGCUGGUCAGCCAGAAGAGCGACUCGUCCAAGGACAUCCGCGGCGAUAAGAUCACCUGGAUCGAGGGCAAGGAGCCCGGCUGCGAAACCAUCGGGCUGCUCAUGAGCAGCAUGGACGACCUGAUCCGCCACUGUAACGGCAAGCUGGGCAACUACAAAAUCAAUGGCCGGACGAAAGCCAUGGUCGCUUGUUAUCCAGGCAACGGAACAGGUUACGUACGUCACGUUGAUAAUCCAAAUGGAGAUGGAAGAUGUGUGACUUGUAUAUAUUAUCUUAAUAAAGACUGGGAUGCCAAGGUAAGUGGAGGUAUACUUCGAAUUUUUCCAGAAGGCAAAGCCCAGUUUGCUGACAUUGAACCCAAAUUUGAUAGACUGCUGUUUUUCUGGUCUGACCGUCGCAACCCUCAUGAAGUACAACCAGCAUAUGCUACAAGGUACGCAAUAACUGUUUGGUAUUUUGAUGCAGAUGAGAGAGCACGAGCUAAAGUAAAAUAUCUAACAGGUGAAAAAGGUGUGAGGGUUGAACUCAAUAAACCUUCCGAUUCAGUCAGUAAAGACGUCUUAUAGAGCCUUUGAUCCAGCAAUACCCCACUUCACCUUCAGUAAUUAUGACGCUCUCAGUUAACUCGUGAAUGCAAAUAAAUGGGAUAAAGAAAAGUAGACAGCCGGUUGGCAAUUUAAGGAAACAGAAACAACUUUUUGUGUUGCAUCAAAAGGAAGAUUUUGACUCUGUGGCUUUGUACUGCAUGACUGACUCCAAACCUGCGGUUGCUUAUGGGAAGGAUAUAAGCUGUCAGCUGAAAGUGAUAUUUACAUCUGGACGUGAAAUAAGUGCCCUAGGUAGAAGUGUUUCAUUCUUAUAUUUUGCCAGAUCUGUCAUCUAGCUGAGUUCAUUUCAUCUCUCCCUUUUUUAUAUAGUCAAGUUUGAAUUUGAAGUAAUUUUUGUAUGAUCAGGUACAAUUUAUCAAAACUGAAUUGAGAAAAAAAAAUUACAGUAUUAUUCCCCAAAAUAGCAUCAAUCUAUUUUUGUAAACCUCUUCGUACUAUUAAAUUUUGCCCUAAAAGACCUCUUCUAAUGAUUGUUGCCAGUGACUGAUGAUUACUUUGAUUUUCUUUUUACUUAAAAUAAGAAAAGGAGCACUUUAAUCACCAACCGAAAAGUCAGAUUGUUUCCUUGUCUUGUCUUACACUAAUUUGAACUCUUUUAACGAUUGCUGCUCUUGUUGUUUUGACAUUGUUAAUAGUAACACAACAGUAAAACCGUCACCAUUUACUACCAAUUACUUUUAGUUUAUGUUGUAUAAGAAAAAAUACACAGUAAGAAGGUUUUAUCUUUUAAGUUACAUUUAAAAAAACAAACAAAAAACAAAAGUGGCUGGCACUCGAUGAACCUGAGGUUAUCCUCUGCAUCAAGUUCCCAAGGUAAAGGGCUUUCUUAUGCUUUCAGGUAAAGCCUAUAGACGUAGAAGUUACUGUCCCCAUUCCUAAGACUUUUCCUUUUGCUUCCCGUCAAGUUGAUUGUCCGUUUAAUUUUGCUGUUAUGUGUUCUUCCUACUCCCGUGCCUGUCUGAUCCGCAGAUCAGAACCUUGUUUCUGUCGGGCGGCACCCAGGGGAGCCUGCGCACAUCCAGACGGACCUGUGUUACCACAGACGUAACGUUAGCGACCCCUCAGACCGCGGCUGACCAUUCCCCACGCGCGACCCGGCCUCUCUAUCAGGACUGAAAGUGUAGGUUUAGCAGAAAAAAAAAAAGAGCAAAACGAAGCAAAAAAACAUACUUUCAUGUUUUGUGAGUUUUCUUUUUUACUUUUCCGAAAAACAAAAAACCAAAAACAACAACAAAAAAAGGCGGGAAAACUACAGAAUCACACAAGGCCUCCCAGACGGUUCUUUGCCAUCGGAAUUAGGAUGGGUGUCUUCAAUUUGAAUUUCCUAGGCUCUUUAGCAAAGCCCAAAGGGCGGUAUCCAUAGUUUGCAUGAAUUACGACUGUAAGCCCUUGCCCACUUCAGUUCUCUGUCUUUGUCCUUGAUCUUCUCUGCCAAAAUAAUGUGAGUGUACAGAAGUACUUCUGUAUAUUUCAGCUUAUGACAGUUUGUAUUCAAUUAGAGACCUUUUCUGUGGAAAGCUCAGUAAUUUUUAUUAAAAGAUUGCUAUUGUUCAUGUAAAACAUGAAAACCAGUUGUUCAGUGAACCGACAGUGUGGACUCCGGGCGGGAUGAAAGGUCCAGGACUGUGGUCUCACUCAGCAGAACUUGCAGGAGAGCAUUACAGUUGAUGUUUUCCUUCUGCCCUCGUGCAGUUUUGUUCCGCUUCCUCUGCUCCUCCAGGUAACACGAGGUAACAUCCCGACAGAAAGUGCCCCUGCCAGCGGCACCCCCCACCCCCCACCCCCCAGCCCCCCAGGAGCGCUAGUGGUCUCCGCCGCCUGGUUUAGGCGCUGCCUUCCAGCCGUGACUCAAGAGCGCUGUUAUCUUUAGGUCUAAGAGAAGACCUCCGAUGCUGAUGGGAGGCUGGUCUGUCAAGGUGUCCAGCAGCCGCCGUGUGAUCCGGGAGCCUCUGUGUCAUUCACGUGUCUAUCUCCACAGUUGUGCAAAAUGGCAGAUUCUACCAUCUGUGGGUCAUGCUUGCCAGACAGGUCUUCAAUUUUGUAUUUUUUGGAAAAGUUGAUAUAGUUUCUUGGCAAUUGUUAUGAAAGGAUCAAGCAAUCAGGAUAGCCAUUUCUUUAAUAUCCGUUUAAAAUCUGUUCAUUUCAUGUUAGUGGGACCGUGAACUUGUCACCAAGCAGAACUCUAUAUAAAACAAAAUUUUAAACUCUU